GCCUCAUUUCACCACCCAAAAAAAAAGCAUUCGAGUUCAAAUUGCCAAGCUUCAAUGGCGGAGGAAGUGAUAUUGUUGGACUUCUGGCCGAGCCCGUUCGGGAUGAGGGCCCGGAUUGCUCUGAGAGAGAAGGGUGUGGACUUUGAUCUGAGGGAGGAGGACCUUCUGAGCAACAAGAGUCCCCUGCUCUUGGAGACGAACCCCGUCCACGAGAAAAUCCCCGUCCUCAUCCACAAAGGCAAGGCGGUUUGCGAGUCCCUCGUCAUCGUCCAGUACAUCGAUGAGACUUGGGGUCACGAGUGCCCUCUGUUGCCUUCAGAUCCUUACGAACGCACUCGUGCCAGGUUUUGGGCCGACUAUGUGGACAAGAUAUUUCCAGUGGGGCGAGCUGCAUGGCUGUCUACGGGGGAGACCCAGGAGGCGGCGAAGGAAGAGUACAUCCAGGGGUUCAAGACGUUGGAGGGAGAGCUUGGGGACAAGGCUUACUUUGGAGGGGAGAGGUUUGGGUAUGUGGAUGUGUCGCUGAUACCGUUGUAUAACUCAUUCUAUGCUUUGGAGAAACUGGCCAACUGCAGCGUUGCGGAGGAGUGCCCCAAGCUGGUGCAAUGGGCUGAGCGGUGUAUGCAGAGGGAGAGCGUGGCCAAGUCGUUGCCGGACCCGCACAAGGUCUAUGACUUCCUCUUGGUACUCAAGAAGAAGCUUCAGCCCCAGUAGAAUCUGAGUCUGAUUAUGCUCAUCUCAUUACUCUUUCGUUCAGAACCCUUCUCCUCUGGUUGAGGCUCACUCUUUCCACUUUCGACAAUUUCCAUUCAGUAUUAUGUUUUGAAUAAUUCAUGACUAUUAGCCAAUGAAUGUUGAAUCUAAUAAAAGAGAAAAUGCUAUCAUUCA